CAGGAAAGUCCCUCAUACAUCAUGUUGUGGGGCUGUUUUUACAACACACACGUGCAGUGGGCUGUGCUGCCUGGGAGGGGAUGCUGAGCCUGACGUCUGUGACUCGGUGCCUGCCCUAUUUCUUCAUGUGCAUCCUACACACAGAACACUUCCAGGCUGCCUGUCAGAUGCAGCUGAUCAAAGCUCACUCUCUAGAAACAGGAACAUAUGCAGGACUUUUUUUUUUUCAGUCUUCCAGCUUUCUUUUUUUAAGAGCUAGUAAGUAUUUUGUCUAAUAAAUUACCUGACUUAAAGGAAAAUCCCAAAGUGUGAUGCCCCAUCCCAGCAGUGCUGCAGGACUGCUCUUCUGACCAGCCCCGGCCCUGGAACCCCUGAUGGCUCCCUGGAGGCUUCCCGUGCUCCCCGUGGCUCUGGUGUGGGGCUGGGUGCUGGCCUCCUCCUCCCCCAGCACAGUUGCUCCCCCACGAGACCUUCAGAUCACUGACCCUGGGCUGCUGGGCUCUCUCGAUGUGCAGUGGAAGCCUCCACCCCACGAGCAAACCUUCAACGAGUGCUCAGUGAAAUACAAGUUGGAGUAUCGCAGCUCUGGGGACAGAGACUGGAAGGUUAUUUUUACUAGGAAGCUAAAAUUUAGAGUUGGAUUUGACCUCAGCAGGACUGCUGAAGUGAGAGUGCAGACCCUGCUCAAAGGACGGUGCACGGGUGACGUGGAGGUGCAGAGUGACUGGAUUUCUGCAACCUUUCAGGCUGCACCACAAGGAAAACUUGAAUCAGAGGUCCAGAAUUUCCACUGCAUCUAUCAUGACUGGGAAUACCUGAAGUGCACCUGGCAGCCAGGCCUCCUCACACCUCGUGGUGUACAUUAUGAGCUAUAUUAUUGGUACGAGGGGCUGGACCGCACGGUGCAGUGCGAUCGCUACAUCCGGGAGCACGGGAUCAACGUGGGCUGCGUGCUGCAGAACCUCAGCCAGGCAGAAUACCGGGAUCUGAACGUUUGUGUCAACGGCUCAGCAGCAGCCACUCUGCUACGGCCACUGUACACCACCCUUCGCCUUCACAACCUCGCAAAGCCCUCAGCCCCGGAGCAGCUGAGGCUUUCCGUGUCUGCGGCCGGGGAGCUCCUGGUGGCCUGGAGCCCCCCGGGCGGGCGAGUGCCGCAGCACUGCCUGGAGUACGAGGUGCAGGUGGCAGAAGAUGCGGGGGAAGCCGCGGCUGCCUGGGCGUUUGUGUCGACCCAAAUGGAAACUGCUUUAACGAUUUCCAGAACAAAUCAAAGCCACAUUUCAUGUGUUCGUGUCAGGGGGAGAACAAACAUUUUUUGUGCUGACCAGGGCUUUUGGAGUGAAUGGACACAGAAUUGUUUCUCUGUGUCCAGAAAAGAGGACAAGCAGCUAUUUAUCCUCAUUCCAAUCAUCCUCAGUUUGUCAAUUAGCCUCAUAAUAUUUAUGUUGAUUGGCCAGUGCAAGAAAAGAUCCCCAGCAGGAAAGCAGACAUCUGUGGGACACUAACUCUGCCUGUGCCUGCUGCACUGCUUGUGUUUGGUGGGUUGCUCAUGGAACACCAUCCCAAGGACAGCCCAGGAGCCCUGAGCUUUCUGCAGCCCAGAUGGGUCUUCCCUGCCUGCUGCCACUUGUGAAGGCAGCUGUUGCAAUCCCAGCCCUUAAAGGGCCCAGGAGAACUGGAGGGGCUUAAACUGACUGCAGGAAAUCUGGAAGAGAUCUAAACUGACUCUGAAGCAAGGUGUUUCUGAUAACAGGACAAGAGAGAAAAAAGAGGCAGUGGAAACUGCCAUGAAUAAAGAUAACACGCUGUUCUGUGGGCUUGUUUGGUUUUUUUCUUUUGUAAGGACUCCAGAAAUCUGUCAGCAGGACUCACGCACAAUGCCACACACAUGCAAACAUCUGCAUCCAGCCCCACCUUGCUCUCACCAGCUCUUCCUUGUUCCCAAAUACUCAGCCUGCUGAGAGCAUCUAAAUGCUGAACAGGAGCUACCUGAGCUAUUUAUUUCAUCAGCUGAUAUGCCUUAUCAUGCUGAUAUGUCUGUUGAAAAGCUCAGGUGGAGAGGCUUUGAGAGAAACUUUUGCUAUAAGGUGGCUUGACCACAGCUACUGCCAAGGACAGAUGAUUCAGGGGAGAAAUGAUGAUCACUGCAGCAAAUGUGGGAAUUUCUCUGGGAAGUGGACAUUGGCACCAGAAUUCAAUGAAGCACACCUGAUGUUUCUCAAGGCCAUGCAGACA